GUGUAGCUGGAGGGGAAAGCGGCCAGUGGGUGGGCUGGGCUGUGGUCCUGCGUUCGGCUUCUUACGCCGUAAAUGACACUAAUAACAAUAUUUAAACCUAAAACACGGAUGCACAAACAUCCCAGAAUGAGUUAGAGGCUGCACUUCGUGUGUGCCAGUGCACUGAAACAUGGGUCGGUGCAGUGUCCACGUCCUUCUGCUGCUCUUGCUGCAGGCCUGGCAGACAUCAGCUGAGGGCUCAGAUGGACAGUUGAUGUGUCUAUGUGAUAGCCCUACAUGCCCCCAAGUCGCCCGCUGCCAAGGGACUCGGUGCUUCUCCUCUGUCAAGGUGGGCAGCAGCGGGGUGGUGUUUGAGCAUGGCUGCCUGAAUGGGCCGGAGAAAAUUCUUUUACAUUGCUCCACAGCUCCUUCCUUCCACCAGGCCAUUUUGUGCUGUUCUGAGUACAUGUGCAAUGGCAACAUCAGCAGGGACUCCCUGAUGUCUCUGCUUCCAACAGAAGAAGAGCCAGCAGGAGAGCCCGUUCGGUAUCGUGUUGAGACCUUAGCCCUCUUCGUACUGGGUCCGGUGGUGGUUCUGGCUCUGCUGUCUGUUGUGUCAGUGCUGGCCUGCAGGAGGCUCCACCGCGGCCGUCUGCAGAGGCUGCAGGAAUUCGACACCGAGCAGGGAGCCAUAGACGGCCUCAUCUCCUCCAAUGUGGGAGACAGCACUUUAGCGGACCUGAUGUCACACUCAUGUACGUCAGGUAGUGGUUCAGGUCUUCCCUUCCUCGUCCAGAGAACUGUGGCCAGGCAGAUCAGUCUGGUGGAGUGUGUAGGCAAGGGAAGGUAUGGAGAGGUGUGGCGGGGUCAGUGGCAGGGGGAGAACGUGGCUGUUAAAAUCUUCUCCUCAAGAGAUGAAAAGUCCUGGUUCAGAGAGACAGAGAUCUACAACACAGUGCUGCUAAGACAUGAAAACAUACUGGGCUUCAUGGCAUCUGACAUGACAUCUCGAAACUCCAGCACCCAGCUAUGGCUCAUCACCCAUUACCAUGAGAAUGGUUCGCUUUAUGACUACUUGCAGCGAGUUGCCGUGGAAACGUCAGAGGGCCUGGCAAUGGCGGCAUCGAUAGCGUGUGGCCUCGUGCACCUGCACACAGAGAUCUUUGGCACAGAGGGGAAACCAGCCAUCGCACACCGGGACCUGAAGAGCAAAAACAUCCUGGUCACAAAGGAGCUACGCUGCUGCAUCGCAGACCUGGGGCUGGCUGUGACCCACUUCCAGGCAGAUAACCUGCUGGACGUGGGCAACAAUCCAAAGGUUGGCACCAAGCGCUACAUGGCACCUGAAGUGCUGGAUGAGACCAUUCAGACAGACUGCUUCGAUGCUUACAAGAGAGUGGACAUCUGGGCCUUUGGACUGGUGCUGUGGGAGAUAGCGAGACGCACAUACAGCAACGGUAUUGUUGAGGAGUACAAGCCGCCGUUCUACGAUCAGGUGCCAAACGACCCAAGCUUUGAGGAUAUGAGGAAGGUGGUGUGUGUGGAGCAGCAGAGGCCUUUCAUUCCCAAUCGUUGGUUUUCUGAUCCUACUCUCUCUGCCCUGGUAAAACUGAUGAAGGAGUGUUGGUACCAGAAUCCCUCAGCCAGGCUUACGGCACUGCGCAUCAAGAAGACCCUGGACAAGAUUCACAGCUCUCUGGAGAAGGGUAAGGAGUCGUGAGAGGGAGCGGAGCUUCAGGGGCAGCUGUCUGAUGUCAGGGAUCGGCUUAGAGAAGAGCCAUGUGUUUGUUAAAGGAGAAAGGGCGAUAAUGGGGACGGACAGAGGACCAGAGGAAAAGAGUUGUUCAAGUGUCAUCCAGCCUCAUCCUUCUCUUGCUCUCUCACUUUCUCUUCCUUUCUCUGUGGUUGCCUUCCCCCGACAUCCCUCUCUCGACUUGAAGCCCACAUAGACAUUUGGCCUUGUCUGGUCUGAACAAGACAGCCUUUGCUACGGGACACAAACCUGUUGCCAAUGUGUUCGCACUGACCUGAACUUUGGACUGUUCCUGAGUGUGAAGAACAUGGAUGGCAUAUUGUAGUACCCCAUCCCAAUGCUUUAACGGCCAUCUAUGACUGCCUUGGGUUUGGCCUACACUCUCUCUCACACACACACACACACACACACACACUCACACUCCCACUGAGUAUCUUACAAUUCAAUCUCUGAUCCUCAGUCAGUGGUUUUGAUGUGGUUGUGGCAUUCUGUUCAGAGACAAUCGGAAAUGUCCCUCAUUUAGCUUUAUCAGAACAUGUUGACUAUCGCCACAACCACGCACACAGUACAAACUACAAACCACACAAAUACAUUCACUUACAAAAGGAAAAGAGCCAAUAGAAACAAUUGUUUUUAAACUUUUUAAAUAUAGUAUGAUAUUUAUGUAUUAAAUCUCCACUGCUACCACACUGAGGAUACAUAGGACUGAUAUAUGAUGGCGUUUGAAACGGACUGUAUACAUAUAUAGGCAUUGACUCUACUGGACUUUCUGUACCCUCAUUGUCACUAUCGGAGCUUGUAGGAAACGAUGUGUUGAGAAAUAGUGGAAAAGGUAGGAAAAUGAUUCCCGCUGAGUCUGUUUUGUCGUAUGGAAAAGACAGGACAAAACACUACAGAUAUUACAUGUUUAUAAUGGUGGUUCUUGGAGUACACACACGCAGAAAGCACCUGCCAAUAGGAAUUAGUCUGUAUCGUAUAAUAAAAAUACGAAAUUAACUGAUCCUCUCUGCCUGGCAUACUUCACAAACUCACUGUGGAUCUAAAAACAUCUUCUGUGCAAGCAGAGAGGAGUCAAAGAAGACCAGUUUGUGGCAGAACUGACUUUUUGUCAGAAUACUGGAGGUGAAGUCUUUU